AAUUUCCCAUCAAAAAAUGUAACAUUUUCUUUUCAUUCCAACUCUUGGCCUUUAUACACCCAAACCUGCCGCAGGAUUCCACGAGCUCUUCCAAAUUUUGAGUUCACACAACUUAAAUAUUUGGCAGAGCUUUAGAAACCAUCUCGUGCGAUAGUCAACCAGUGCGAUCACCAUGUGGUAUUCUACGGUAAGCAACCCAAGGAUAGCGCUCAUCAAACAGGGAUACCACAUCCUGGCCGAGUACAAUCUGGUGAAGGAGGAGCUGAAGAACAUCUAUGCCAUUCCUAGUUACGCCUGUGCAUUGCACUGGUUCGGCGUGAUCUUUGUGCACAGUGGAAUCUAUGCGGGCAGCGUGUUUCGCUUCUCCAUUCUGCUCCCGGAUAAUUUUCCGGAGGAUGCCAGCCUCCUCACCGUAGUCUUCUCGACGGUGAUCCUACAUCCCCACAUCUGUCCGCAGAAUAGGACACUCGAUCUGGGUCACUUCCUGAAGGAGUGGCGCAAGGAUCAGCACCACAUCUGGCAUGUGCUUCGGUAUAUCCAGGCGAUUUUCGCCGAUCCAGAGGGCAGUAUUUGCACCGGACAAGCCGCUUCGGGGGACCUUGUGGUCAUGGAUGAGGUCAGCAACAUGGAGGCCUUGAAUAUGUUGGCCAAAAGCCGACCUGAGUACAUUAAACGAGUCCAGGAGCAAGCAAUCGCCUCGAGAAAUCAUAUCUACGACCGACCACUGACGGAUGAUCCGCACUACAUCAUUGUGGAGCCCUAUUGUGCGGAACGGCAUCUGAAGUUCGUAGACCAACUGAAGAGUCCCUGCUGGAAGGAGGCCACCUCCAUGGACUGCUCCCAGCCGUCGGAGUACCUGGGACACAUCGAUUCCUCCAGGCAGCUGGACGAGGAGGAGGCCAAUCAGUUGGAGAAACUACAUCGCACGAGGAUUGUGGAAUCGCAUCGUGAUGAGGCCGUUGAUUCCGUGUAGCUGAAUGGAGAAGCUACCAUACACCAACCAUAACAUAUUUGUUUUCAAGUAUUCAUUAAAAAAUUAUUAUUUUUUAUUGAAUUGUAAUAAAGUUCAAUCAUAAUUUUAUCGGA